AUGCAGUUCCAAAGUGAAGUGUUGGGAAAGCAACGGGUGAAGAAAAAGGAGGAACAUAAGAGCAAUGAGUUGGGCUUGAGGGAUCGGAUAAAACAAAGAGAGCAACGGAUGCAUGAGUGGAAGCAACAGAGGAGGAAUGUGCUGAGCUGGAGGCAAUGGAUUAAAGAGGCAAAAGUUCAAGUCCUAGUUGGUGCUGAUCAACUGAUUCCCGAUUUGGCUUUUGAGAUAGUCCGAUGCCUUUGGAAACAAGUUAUGCUUAUGGAUGACUCCCAGAUUUUGGAAAUUGUUAGAAAACCUCACUCGCUGAUGCUCGAGGCAGCAAAACAAGGGAACCUUCGGUUUCUAAUGAUAAUUAUCUGUUCAUAUCCUGAUCUAGUGUAUGAAGUUGACGAAAAUCAGCACACCAUUUAUCAUUUUGCUGUUAUGUACCGUCACUUAAACAUUUUCAGAGACAUUUGUUGCUUAGGUUCACUGAAGGAUUCUAUUGUUCAGAACAUAGGCAAAGAUGGGAACAACAUUUUGCAUUUGGCUGUAAAGUUGCCUCCAGCAGAUAGACCCGAUAAUGAAUCAGCUGCAUUACAUUUUCAAAUGGCUCUUGAGAUGUCUUGGUUCGAGAGAGUGAAGAGAAUUUUGCAUCCGGUGGAUGCUGAAGCUAAAAAUAAAGAAGGGAAAACCGCUAGAGCUUUAUUUACUGAAGAGCACCGAGAGUUAAGGCACAAAGCUGAGAGAUGGGUUAAGGACAUUGCAAAUGGAUGCAUUAUGGGGGCAAUACUAAUUGCUACUGUGGUUUUUGCUGCAGCUUUCACAAUACCAGGUGGCAUCAAUGAUUCAGGGACUCCAAAUCUUGUCCGGAGAGCUUCCUUCACAGUUUUUGCUAUAUCAGAUACAAUAGCAUUACUGUUGUCCAUUUUCUCCAUACUAAUGUUCUUAGCCGUUAUCUCUUCCCGAUACGAAGAAGCAGAUUACUAG